CAGCAUGUUCGGUUGCAGCAGGAGAAUGACAACAGAAAACGAGGAGCGCUCGCCUCGACAAGAUUUGUUUUUACGCUUUAAACAGAAAGGUGACCGUUGCAUUUUAAGCCGAAAGACCUCUUUCGCAUACAGUGCGCAUUGCAUUCAGUAGAUGCGUGCCAAACAGCGCGGCUGCGAGAUGUACAGCGCACCGUCACAGUGACAGUAGCCGCCGAGGAGGAGCGACGCGCUCGAGUCAUCAUCGACGACAUCGUCAUCAUGUCUCGUGCGCUGAAAUCGCGCUUCUUUGCGAUCGGACGCCUCCUUUGAGAAGCUCAGUCCGCGAGUUAGCCACCUGCACGCGAUCGGAUCGCGAGUUCCAUGGAGUGACUUGAGUGAGUGAGUGAGUGAGUGUGUGUGUGCGCGCGCGUGUGCGUGCGUGUGUGUGUGCGUGCGCGCGCACGAAGCCGGAGCCAUGCCGUGCACCUGCGGCAACUGGCGGCGCUGGAUCCGGCCGCUCGUCGUGCUGCUCUACAUUCUGCUGCUGCUCGUCGUGCUGCCUCUCUGCGUCUGGGAGCUGCAGAGGUCCGAGGUUGGCACCCACAACAAAGCGUGGUUUAUCGCCGGCAUAUUUGUGUUUAUGACGAUACCCAUAUCCCUGUGGGGCAUUCUGCAGCACCUUGUACACUACACCCAGCCCGAGCUGCAGAAGCCCAUAAUCCGGAUAUUAUGGAUGGUACCAAUAUACAGUUUAGACAGCUGGAUUGCUCUCAAGUAUCCCGGCAUCGCCAUAUAUGUGGACACUUGCAGGGAGUGCUACGAAGCGUACGUCAUCUAUAAUUUCAUGAUUUUCCUGCUGAAUUAUCUGGCCAACCAGUAUCCCAGCCUGGUGAUGAUGCUGGAAGUCCAGGAACAACAGAAGCACCUGCCUCCAUUGUGCUGCUGUCCACCUUGGCCCAUGGGAGAGGUGCUGUUAUUUAGGUGCAAGCUGGGAGUUCUGCAGUAUACGGUGGUGCGACCCUUCACUACUGUUAUAGCCCUGAUUUGCCAGUUGUGUGGUGUCUACGACGAAGGUAACUUCAGCUCAAAAAAUGCUUGGACCUACCUGGUUAUCGUGAACAACUUAUCCCAGCUGUUUGCCAUGUACUGCCUGGUGCUCUUCUACAAGGCCCUGCGAGACGAGCUCAGCCCAAUCCACCCGGUGGGGAAGUUCCUGUGCGUUAAGCUUGUGGUGUUUGUGUCCUUCUGGCAAGCUGUGUUCAUUGCCUUUUUGGUGAAGGUGGGGGUCAUCUCAGAUUCCCACACGUGGGACUGGGAUAGCGUUGAAGCCGUAGCUACUGGUUUGCAGGAUUUCAUCAUUUGUGUGGAGAUGUUCCUGGCGGCCAUCGCUCACCACUACAGUUUUACCUACAAGCCUUACAUCCAGGAGGCUGAGGAGGGCUCCUGCUUUGACUCCUUCAUGGCCAUGUGGGAUGUGUCGGACAUCAGGGCUGACAUAUCGGAGCAAGUGCGCAACGUUGGAAGGACUGUUCUCGGACGCCCCAGGAAGAUGUACUUUGGUGAGGAGGAUCAGGACCAGAACGAACACACGGGCCUCCUGUCUGGUGGCUCCCAGGAUGCUGCCGUGGAAGCGGCCUCCAUUCCAUCGUCUCCUCGUGGACGCUACCAGGGCUUUGGGCGCACGGUGACACCCCACUCCCUCUCGGCUCCCGCGGGCCUCAGCAUCGCCAUCUGGGAAGAAGACCCUGCAGCCAGAGACAUGAGAGACCACUCUGGGUCAAAAAAUGACACAGUCUCUUAGUUCAGCCCCUCCCUCAUCCCCGGUGAACACUGUACUCUAAUGUACUGUACUGUACUGUAGCUCCUUGAAAGGAAUGACACUCUCUAACUCCUGGUCUGAUCUUGACCUGAAUAAGUACACCGGGCAGGGGGCAAAUGCAGCAUCUGAGUGCCGCACUUAACAGCUAAUGGACGCGCAGUAGACAGCGCUGCAACAGUGCAGCCCUCUGCCCUAUGAAUGUAAAAUGUAUUUUCCAUGGUUCUUUCAUGUCGUGUCUCAUCAUGACCUGCAGCUACGCUUCGGGUGAUCUUGCACUUUUUUUUGGUUGUACAAACGUAUUAGAAGUUCAUGACUGUAUCAUAACUCGGCUACAUUCUGUGGCUUCUACAAGCUGAUGCCUUCAGUGUAUAAAGCUGCACACUUAGAGCCUUCGGAUACCGUAGUAAACAGGGGAGCUACAUGUGUUCAGUUUUGCUCCUGAAAAGUACACUAUUGUGUUCUUAAACAAGGACCGUAGGCUCAACUGCUUUAGCAAGUAGUCAUUCAUAGAUGUGCUGAAGUGGCAGCUCAGCGGGCUGUAAAAGUGUGAUUCCGACCUUCUGUGGGAUAAGAGGUGUCGGAAGUGACUCCGUCAGCGUCAGUGCACUUUACAGCUGUGAGUCCUGUCUUAUUGCCAGUUUUUGCCUGUUUUCCCAGUUUAUACUGUAGGAAAUAACACUAGUGUGUGUGUGUGUGUGUGUGUGUGUGUGUGUGUGUGUGUGUGUGUGUAUAUAUAUAUUAUAUAUGUGCAGGAGAGCUGUAUACCCUGUCCUUAAGGAGACAUUUUUCCUGUUGGACAUAUAUAUAAUAUAUAUAGAAAUAUUUGACAGUGUUUUCAGAUAAAAAUUCCAGAAAUGAAAAGAAUGGUGGGGUAUUUUAUCUUUUACAAUGAUUCCUUUCUGCACUAUUAUUUAUUUUUAUUAUGAAAGAAUGAGUUCCAAAUGUUCUGAUAUUUAUGGGCACCUUUGCAAAUAACACACAAUAACCAAAGCCAUUCAUGUUUUCUUUGUGUUUUUCCUUAUGCCCCUCUGAAAAUAAUAAUGCGUAAUAAAAAGCACUGUCUCUGCA